UUUGUGAAAAGUUUAAGUAAGGUGUGUCUAAAAAGUAAAAACCGUCAUAACGAAAGUGAAAGUAACUAAUCAUACAAAAAAGUCUUAGUUGACUUCAUACUCUUUUAUUCUUCGUUCACGGAAGAGCAUUUACAUGACAAAACAUGGCUUCAAUAAUGAUUAUGGUCCUUGCUGUGAUUUAUCCCUUCAUCCCAGUGGUGGAACCCAGUGGAGAUUUGUUGAAAUUGGAAUGUGAACCUGCUGUUGGAAUUGCAGCUCAUACAACAGUUAUCACAUGCCAUUUCAGAGGCUACAAAGAUGUUAAAGUAGAUGCAGUUUCUUUAAGAAAAGUGGGCCAGAAUGAACCCACUUUUCGACACAGAAUAGCAAAACAGCAAAAAUUAGGAGAUCCUCGCUUCAGUCUUGAAAACCCUGCUGAAGGUCCAUCUCUGAAAAUAAAUGACACAAUGUUUUCUGAUACGGGAGUAUUUGAUUAUGAAAUUGUCACAAACAGAGGCAGAGCAUCUGCAAAAUUUACCCUCAGUGUCACAGCAAAGUACAAAGAUCCCAUUGUAAGUACAUGGCCUCAAGAUGUAACAGAGGGAGGACCAAUUGACCUUUAUUGCAAUGCAACAGAAGGCUACCCAACAGGAACCAUCCAUUGGUUUGACCGAUAUGGAACAAACUGGACCAUUAACUCAAUUCUGACAAAAACCACCAAGGAUACCGACAGUUCAAAAUCUGUGGCUUUGUCUUCCAAACUGACUUUCAACUCGAUUGACUUAAGUCUGGCACCAUUUAGAUGUAUCGUCCUAAACAGCAAAUACAUCAAGGAUGGAGAAAAGACUAUUCAGAUCACGCCUGCCAAACAAGAUGCGGAAGAUAUGGCAGAAUCGAAAUCCAAUAACACAAACAUUAUUGCUGGUGUUAUGGUUAUUGGUUCACUUAUUGCUGGUCUUCUGUUUGCACUUUUUUUUUUCAGAAGAGGAAAAGAGCAAAGAUAUGAAUCAGGACAACCUGCUUAGACUGAUGUGAUAUCAGAAAUAAGAUUUUUUAAUACUCAAUCCUGAUUUGAAUUCCCAUAUGAAGGACCAUCAUGUUUCUCUUAAUGUGCUAAUAACUUGUUAUGUUGCUGCCUCAUUUAUACUACUAUAAAUGAAUAAAUUAAUGUAAACUCCAUACAAAAUAUUGACAAAGCAAAAAACAGAUUUUUGACAACUUUGCAAAUUUAUUGAAAAUCUAAAAUUGAGUAGCCUACUUUUAUAUCCAAGAUCUACUAACAGCUAUUUGAUUAAAGUAAGUGUAACGAAGUCUUAAUUAUAUUUAACUUUUAAACUUGAGAGGUAGAAUUAGCCAUAUAAACUGAGAUAAAAAAACACUGUAAGAAUUUGAAUGUUUAAAUGAUUGUACUUUAUGUUAUACACAAUGUUUUUGGUUGUACUAAUCAAAUUUUUCUUUGUUUUGGAAGAUUGAGUUUUUCUGGGCUUUAGUAGUUUUGUAGUGUUUUAAAUUAUAGUAAAAUAUUAAUGUCUUUCUUCUUU